CACGUCAAUGCGCUGAAACACUCAGAUACACGCAACACUCCCAAUCUCUGCUACUACAAUAGUAAUAGACUACUCUAACCGCCACCAACCAAUAUCACACUACCACCAGCAACCUAGUUAGCUUUUCAGAAAUUAUUCCUACGACGACGUUAUAUACAUACAAGUCACCAAUAAUACUAGUUAUCCCACUGACCGUAUCAACACAUCCACAGCAGAAAUUUCAUUUUUUGGCAACGAUUUAUAUUAACUAAGACGUCAUGUCGAAUCAAGGUAAAGGAAACAAAAGCCCAUAUCCGCUUCAGUACACUUAUGUCCCCACUGCUGGAGUACCUACAAUACCACAACCUAUGCCUACAUACAUACCAGGUUCUCCAUAUCCUACUACAUACCAGUUGGUACCAUCAUAUGGUUAUUAUUACAGAUAUGGCAUUCCUGGCCAGGAAGCUCUAGCUCAAGGACUUCCUCCUUCCUACUCACCUUCUCCAGCAUCAACGAUCCCCCAGCAGACAAUGCUCGUACAUGGUGCAUAUGAUGCUGGAGCCCGUUUUGAUGGAAUUUCUGGCCAAAUGAUACCUCCCCCUCCACCUGGUUAUGCUCCGAAUGCAACGCAAAUGGCCGCCAUGCAGGGGCAAAAUGUUAUCCUCACACAACGAAAGAACGAUUUCCUGACUGGUGGAUCUGGAGCUGGCUACACUUGGUACUAAAAUGAUGAUACUGUUCUAUGAAAGGUUGCUGAUUUUGAGGGAAUGAAUCUAGCUUACGUCGGCUUUUCUGGUCCAAACGUUACAUUUUUGAUUCACUGCUGAUCUUUCAGCUGCAGCAUCCAUUUUGUCCAAAUCCAUCCUCUUUCCCUUUAAAAUCAAUAACUCAAUGCCUUGAAUGAUUGCUAGAUACUCACAUUGUAUGCUAUACCUGCCACAUUCUAAUCUUUCAUCUUGUGGACUUUAAUCAUUUCAAAGGGGUAGCUACAGGUUUUUAACAUGGGUGGAGAUUUAUAAUCAUUUCUUAGUCUUCUUUUCUUCUUAUUUCUUUUCUUAUUCUAUCCUAUUUUUCCUUUUACCCUAUAUUUUACCUUUCUCUUUGUUUUCUUAUUCAUUCUCUCUCUUAUCCUCUUUUGCUUUCCUUUUUCUUAUUCUUUUCUUUCAAUUCUUUGUUUUUUUUUUUCCCUACUUUUGUCUCAUUUCCACCCUGUAACACUUUCUCCCUGAAAUAUCUUUCUACUUGGCUGCCACUGUAUUAGAAGUCAAGUAGAAGCCAGCACUUAAUUCCUUCUCCACUCCUUAUAUAAUUUUAAAAAAUAAACAUACACACCACACCAUAUUACACUCACCACAGUACAACACACACACACACACACACACUCAUUACCUGAGAUUGUAUAAACUUAACCCUUCUUGUGAGCAUGUUAACAUGAAUGAAUCUUGAUGUGUGUAUGUUAAAAAGUUUGUUUUGAUUUCAUUAGGACUAAUUCCUGCACACUGACCUUCCAUAAUAUUUCAUUUCAAAGAAUAAUACUUCGACUAUAGGCAGUGGUUGGAUUAGAAGUGUAUUUUAAUAUAUAACCAACAAUUUAGUGGAAAUUCUUGCUUUUUCAAGGCAGCACUUGGAUUUCAGGUGUUUUCAUCAGUUAAGAGGUAAAUCUGAAAUUCUUUUGACAAAGACAAAUUUUAAAUACUUUUUUACCCAGACCUCUAGAUCUGGCUACUUGUAUAGUAGACUCAGCUUGAACAUGAAUGAAAUGGAGGUUAGUCUUCUGGACUUUGUUACCUUGUUUCUUUGAUGUCUUUAAACCGAUCCUUAUGAUCUUAGUUCUACCAGUGAAUCCAUGUUAUUUUGGGUUUUUUUUUAAUUUUUAUUUUUUCUGUUAAAUUCUUUCAUUUCAUACAUGCAGACACACUCGCACUAUACACACACAUACGUAUUUUCUCUUCCUCCCCCCUUCUAUCUCUCUCUCUCUCUCUCUCCUUCUCACACACACAUUAAUUCUAACAUUCUGAUUUUAGGAUAAUUGUAAAGUCUUUUUUUCUUUUUUGUUUUUCUCUUAACAAAUAUUAGUUUAGUUACCUCAUUGAUAUUAUUUUAAUCACAGAAAAACAAAAUGUCUUAAUGGGAUAGAUAUACUAAAACACCAUUUCAAUUAUGUAUAUUUAGAUAUGAUUAAAUCUUAGAUUUGUCUAGGGUUACAAAACUUCAAAAUCUUUGGGUUUUUCUGUUUUAUUUAUUUUCAGAUGGGGGUUUCUUGCAUCAUUAAAGUUAAAAUUCUGAUUUCGUUUAAAUAUUAUUAUCAUUUUUUAUUUUCAUCUUUCUAUCAGAAAUAGGUCAUUUCAAGAAAUACCACAUUACCGCGCAUUGAGGAUAUUGUUUAUAAAUUUGCUUUGCUGAAAUAGCAUUCUGUGGAAUAAAAUAGAUUCAUAAAAAACUUUUUACAACCCCUCCCCCCUCCAUUCCAAACAUAUUGCAGUAAAUUUGAAAGCUUUUAUUGAAACAGUUUUCUGUAAAUUUCUAUUGUCAGAUGACAAAGGGUUAAAUCAGGGUUUCUUCUUGGCAAUAUUUUGAAACAUUAGUUUCUUUUCAUUAAAGAAUUUCUCGCUGAUACCAUCUA